CAGGAAACAAGGCAAAAUAGUCAGGGUAGAAGCAGACAGUCAGAGUGAAACUUGGUUUCAGAACACUAGAAGCAACAAGAGGCAAAGCCUGUAAGGGGCUGGGACGGAGUAACAGUGGGCUGUAGGCAAGAAGUGCUCAUGAGGUCAGGUUGGCAUGGACACCAUCUUAGUCUUCAGUCUAAUCAUUGCAUCCUUUGAUUCCAACAAGAACGACCCCAGAGAGAGCAGCUGCCAAGUGGAACAGCUGCCCAGCUUCUUCCCAAAGGAUGUGAGAAGCCACAAGGAUUUGGUAAUAAGAGUUCUUCCAGAAAUUCACCCAGACAUCAAAGAGGCCCCGUUCAAUGAAAAUCAGACUAUAACUACCCUGCAGUGCCGUGGCUCUGGGAGGAGAGUGACAGUCCAUCUUGCAUAUUCAGAGAGAAGGCCAAAGGUCAAGUAUACGCUGAAGAACCUAGGAGUCUUUGCUGAUCUCCAUAGAAACAGCACGGCCUCCCCAAGCUGUCACCUCAGGCCCACUUCCCAGUUUCAGAAUGGAUAGCUUCUAACAGCUUUCUUACCAGGGAUCUCUCACUGCAAGGUCUACCCAGCAAAGAGUAGAUCUGCUUCAUCAGAGACGGUACCCAAUACUACCACCUCCACAACUCCUAGAAGAAAAGAAGAGAAAACUACAAGCACUGGGGGUUUUCCCAGCCCUUUAUCACAAGACACAGAUGUGUCCUUAAAGAAGAGGCAGAAAUGGAGUAUUGUCACCAAAGCUCUGAUUGCUGCUGCUCUGCUGCUUGGGGGAGUCAUCAUUAUAGUGUUUGUCAUCUUCGAAGUCCCAUGCCCAAGUCCAUGCCUCAGAGCCAGAAGGCGGUGCCAAUGGCAAUGGCUAUGGAGAAGGGAAAGAAAGGAAGACCAGCAACCUGGGACAACUGAGUCCCAGUAGGACUUGCAGCCUGAGAAGGGAAGUAUUCUCUGUAUAGUUGGACAAGAUGCUCCUAACUCUUCAGCCUCAACGACAACUACAGGCGUCACUAUAACCCACCAGACAUACUUCUGAGCUCGGCUUUGCCUCACUCUGAACGCCAGUGCUGUCUUCUGCGCCACCGUCUCCUUAUUGCAAAUCAUUACAGACUGAAGCCCUCACACUCGUAUCUUCACGGGGACUUUAUAAUCAAAUAUAUGCCAGGACAGUGAAGGAAGACCCUGGGCCAACAGAGCUACCCUCAUGCCCUGCACCUGACACAGACGUAAGCCUCUGUGAUUCACUUUGUACAUCCAUAAAAUGGGUUAUCUGUCCAUCGCAGCAAAUGAAGACAAAGCCCCUGCCUCCGAGUGUUGUGAAUGACCUUGUCUUCAGUGAAAGCCAAGACGCGGUCUCCAAAGAGCCGGAGCCGACAGCAUCCACAUCCCAGCUCCUCUGCUGCCCUCCCGGCUUUCUUCAUGCUCACUGGCUGUCAGCGAGCUGACACGGGCAUCUGCUCUCCCAGGCUUAUGAUUUAAUGACUUAGCCUCUGUCAGUAUACCUGAUAAAGAGAACCCAGCAUUAAGCAUCCCAAAAGCCCUUCUAAUAAGCCAUUCCUGAAGGGUUUCAGGACAGCAGAAUAUAGCAUUAAAAUCAGAUUGAAACAUUCAGGAUUCCUAAAGGAGGUCUGAUAUUAAGCCUUUUCUUUCCUGAUGCUGGGAUUUGGACCAAGGUCCUCACUCUGCAAGUGCUAUGCCACUGGGACAUAACUAAGCCCUUUUGUAAAGGUGACUUUUAUUUUGAAAGGUAGGUUCUCACCAGUUACCCAGAACCUGGAACUCUCUUAGUGGACCAAGAGCUUUCAACUCUCUUACUUCAGCCUCCCAGAGGAGCUGGCAAUACAACUGUGAACCACCAGGCCUGGCUAUGUCUUAUUUAAUUUUUUUUUUUUUGAGACUGGAUUUUAUGUGUGUAGCCCAGGCUGGCCUCCAACUUGCUGUGUAGCUGAGGAUCACCUUGAACUCCCAACUUUCCUGCCUCUACUUCCUGGCUAGGCACUAUUUUACCAAUGAGCGGCAUGUGGUUUUAAUUAAAGACCUGAGAACAAAAUGAUCCCACUCACAGGGACACGGCUACGAGUAGAGUCUGACCUGCUUAGACAGGAUUUCGGUGAGAAAGCAGAACUGGGGACUGGAGCAGCUGAUGCAGCGAACGGUGCUGUUCUGUGUUGUCCUGUGUUGUCCCGUGUUGUCCUGUGUUGUCCUGUGUUGUCCCGUGUUGUCCUGCUUCUUUCCCAAGAGCGUGAAACCGUUCCAACUGCUGAUGUUCCCCUCCUCCAUGUACACACUAUUCCUCAUAUACAUAUAUAUUACAUGUAGCCCAGGCUAGUGUUGAACUACGUACAUAUCCCAGGAUGACCUUCAGCUCAUGAUCCUCCUGUCUCCCACUUUUCAUGCACUGAAAUUACAGUAUGUGUCACCAGGCCUGGCAAGUGACUCUGUUUUCUUAGUUCUCUAGAAGAAACCGUUCCUUUCACGUCAAGUACUGUUCCCAACAGAAUUCUUGAAAGUGUACUAACUAAGCAGGGGACAAGCUGAGCCAGGAGGAAGGGACAGACACAAAACAAUGAUGAUGCAAAGUUUCCCGGAAGAGCUGGAGAACCUCUCAGAUUCCACAGAACACACUUUCAGCACACAGCAGACAGGGACAAAAGACUAUGUGUUGUGUUGGAUGUGUGAGUGGACCAUUUGCACCCUAGUAGUGACUCAAAACAUUGCCUCGAGUUUAUCCGGACACCUGCUAUUUUGCUUGGCCAUAUAUUUGAGCAAACAAACAAACAAAACACUGUUUUUUUUCCCCAGGUCUGGUAGGAAAGUUAUUAAAAAGAUUCUAUUUGCUCUUAGGAUUAACGCCAGCAUCCAUCUCACCCCUGCCCUCAUCCACAACAGAAUGUCCCACAACCCGAAAGCAUCGUGAGAUUUCCUAGAAGAUGAAAGCCAUGGCUAAGCCGGUGCUCAUCAGUUCUGCUCUUCGGCAAAAGUGAAAUUGGGUAACAUCUGUACUGAUUUUCUUCACAGAAACUGACACAAUCAAAAGUAUGUUUUCCCUGUCAAAAGAAUCUUCUGAGGAUUUCCCCACUCCCUCAUCGGUCAACAGCUUCGAAUUCCUUCCGCAGUGGAGAGAGGAUCGUGGAAACUAGGAGAUGAGAGAGCGAGAGCAGAGAAAAGGGGGCACUCGUGUGUGGACUUUGGGAUGUGGACUUCAGUCUGAAGAUUGCUCCAGAGUCAGACACAAAUGCUCGGGUCAUCACUCUGGGUGACACUCUUAGAAAACACUUCAGUGCAACUGCCAAUGAGUCUUCUGCCAAGUGCCAAGUCUCUGUUGCAAACUCUUUCUCAUUAAAAUAUAUUCUAUUUUUCUGACUACUA